UAAGCAAAGAAAUGUUUCUCAUCAUCGGAUUCAAUAAACAGCAACAAUUCAGUCAGCGAGCAGGUAUGACUUCAGCCCUGUUUCUCAUCAGUGACCUUCCAACCUGCUUUAUCUGUCAAAAGAGAAACCGCCCCCUAGUGGAAAUGUUCUUGCAGUCAAUUGAAUGAUUCACUUAUAAUUGGGAAAGCCAGGUGAUGCAGGUAAUCAUCUUCAGACAGGAAGGUAUAAAAGACACCGGAGUGACAGAGGCAGGCCACUUGCACAUAACACUGGGAGCUGCUGGAGAUCAUUCACUCUACCAGAUCAAUCUCAUCUCAUCUGGAAACUUAGUGAAAAACCAUCAGGGGACUUGGCUAUCAGAAGACAACCAGAGGCGGCUUAUAACUAAACAGGAGCAGAGACUGUAAACACAACCUCGGAAGAGGAGAGCCAAGAACAAGAGGCAGAACAUGCUUUUCUCCUGCUAACCUGAACUCUGUACAGGCUUUUGUACUGGUGCCCAUCACCGUUCCCCCUGAGCACCUCCCCGCUUAAUAGAUUGGCAUAGCCAAGUCCUUAGUUGACUUCAUGGAAACUUCUGCUCUGCUCCUCCCGUCUCAGGUGAUGGGAAGCGGCCAGUGGGGGUCAGUCAUGUCGUGGUUACCCCAAAUGCGGCGCACCGAGACGCCCCGUUCCCCCAGCAGCCCCAUUCCUGCCGCUCAGGAUGAGGUGCCUAUUCCCAUAAGCCCCAUCAUAGUCACCUCCCCCACUUAUGGCAGGAAGCUCAGCUCCCCGACCUCCCCCAAGCCUACCUCCCCCAUCGAGUGCUCCAUCUGCUUCAACACCUACGACAACAGCUUCAAGACACCCAAGUUGCUGCAGUGCACCCAUGUCUUCUGCCUGGAGUGUGUGGCCCGCUUGACCUCGGCGCUGCCGCCUCACCGGGUGGAGGACCACCUGCCCUGCCCCCUGUGCAGGCAGCCAACGGAGAUCCCCCUCGAGGGCCCUCCAGCACUCCAGACCAGCAAGGAGCUCCUGUCCACCUUGCCUCCUGAGCUCCAGCGGGAGAAGUUGGUGUGGAUGGAAGGCAGCAAGCUGUGCUGCCGACAAUCAUCCCAGGACACAGAAGACCCCAACGCCUGCAUCUGGCUCGACGUGGCCAUGAGCAAGCCCAACGUUCCCACGACGCCAACAGAGGGCAUGGCCGGGCGGCUGUCCCGCUGCGCCAUAUGCGAUGACUGGAAACGCAUCGUCCUCCUCUCUGCCCUCGCCAUCAUCCUACUGUGCAUCAUUCUGUGGCCAGUUCAGUGCGCCCUGAAAACCGGGAACCUCCGCUGCUUCACAAGGACCGUCACGUACACAAGGCCGGGCACCACCCUGUUUACACAGAACAACUCUACUGUGCCUGGUACCAGCCUGCUCUCUAACUAGAGUUGGCACUGAAAAGCAGCCCUAGGGCUAGCCAUGCCCCUCCACUUCUCUGACCUAGGCCAAGUUGCCGACUACUGGGCUUUGCCAACAUACCUCAUGGCCAAGCGGUAGCAGUCCCUGUUCUCAGCCUACAUGCUGCUGCGCCUAUGCACUUUAAACUUCAGUGAUGCCAGUGCAAAGUAAGGGACAGCAUUCCCUGUAAGCUGAGCACCUGGGCGGCCACCCAGGAGAGCUUGUGUUUCUACUGGUGGUAUACAUCUGCACAUGCCUGAGUGCACAAAAUUUAUUCUUCACAUGGAUAGAAAAAAAUUAAAGGGAACCUUGGUGGAGGGGUUGUGUAUAGCAGCAUAUUAAGCCACCACCUCAAUCUUGUCACCCCUGUAAAUGUUACGUAGCUAACAGAACCCUGAAGGCUUGCACAAAGUGUAUUGUGCCAAAGGUGUAUUUCUAGGACUGGUGCUUCUCAGGAAAGAUGCAUGUGCCUCACACCAGUGCCAUAUUCUGCUAAGACACGGCUGGGAAUAGACUCAGCACUUUCAACUCACUGAUGACAAAGUAGUGACAGUAAAAGGAUUAUUUUCUUGGAACCCCAUAACACUGUGAAAAAAAUAGUCUAGCUGUGAUUAUUUCUAAAGGAGAGAAAACCAUCAGCCCUUGGAAAGAAGAGUGCAAAUGCUGUGUAUCUAUAAAAAGUGACUAUUUAAUUUUAUACUGUGUGCUUUAUUAAACAUUUCAUAACUAUAUUUGUUAGUGUCCAACUAUUGUUGGUGUUAUUCAGCUUGAUAUUUGGGGC